AUGCCGAGACAACAGCUCACCCCGAACGCAUGUUUGGUGUGCCGCAGGAAGAGAACCAAGUGCGACGGCCAGGUCCCCUGUCAGAGAUGUAAGUCCAAAGGGGAGAAAUGCUCGUACGAGGAUAAGAAAUGGAGAACGAAAGACCAUCUAAGGUCCGAGAUCGAGAGGCUACGGGGUGAGCAACGACAGAGCCAGGCCGUGCUCCGGGCUCUAGUAAACAGUGACCCGGUCAAGUGGGACAGGACACUAGACAGGAUGAGCCGAGGAGAGCCACCCGGAGAUAUCGCCCAGUGGAUUCUCGCCCAGUCGUCGAUACCGGCCCCGGCCAGGAGUCGGGAGACCGGCGAUGCCUAUGUCCAAAAUGGCACUAUUAACACGGCCAAUCCACCGGUGGCCGCAAACAACACCGACGCCAGCUGGUUCCCCGUACCCGGAGUUCCGUUACCUCCUGGCCCCUGCCUGGAACCGGGCCUUCUUCCUUUGGCCUCCGCCCACGGGCUUCCUCCGUCUAGACGAUUUUCCUUUGACCCUCCGGCGUCCAUAUUUUUACCGGCCAUCACAUACGCCGAUGCCCACCUCAUUGAUCCCCUUCCGCCAACACCCCAUUAUAUCCCACCACUGGAGGCCCCGAUAGAUCCUAUCCCUCAUACCUGGACCGAGGUCGCCGCCGACACAGGUCUCGUCCAGGGGUUGUUCGCUCGGUUCUUUGCCAGCUCUCUCCCGUAUCUCUCGAUCAUAUCCGGACCUCACUUCCUGCGGGCCUUUCGGGAAAAGAACCAGCAGUACUGCUCUGAGGCUCUUGUAAAUGCAAUCCUUGGGGCGGCCUGCCGGGAUUCUACGGCCCCGUUUCAGGCGGCUGCUAGCGCUGGCUUUGGGGACGCCUUUGUCGGUGAAGCAAAAAGGCUUCUGGCACUAGACCGUGACCACAUCAACAUUCCUAGUGUCCAGGCGCUAGGAGUUCUAUCCAUUAUUGAAAUAGCCCAGGGCAACGAGGAGGCAGCCAGCCAGCUUGCUCAUGAGUCCCUCCGAGCAUGCAUUCAUUUACUCUUGCAAACACAACAACAGCAUCCACCGCAGACAUGGCGUCCUGGCCCCGACGGUGAUGGUGAUUUCAAGCUGCUGAGAGCUUUGGCUUAUUGUGGGGGCUUCUCCUUGAUCCGCAUGCUGAGGCUCCUAAGCGGGGAUCUCGAACCCCGGACGGGGCCCUUGUUUAUGAGGAUGCACCCAGAAUGCGAAUUCGCUGAGGACGAUACCCCGGAGGCGCGUCUCGAGAGAGGGAUUUCUCUGCAAGUUGAUUUCUUCGCUCAGCUACGCCACUGCCCACAGCCAGCCCGGUUUCUCUUCGAGGUCACCGAGGCAGCCCAUACAUUCUCGUCCUACAACCAGUCUAGGGCGAUGACAACCGAGGACCUUGGGAACGCGUUCAGUAAAUGCACUGAAUGUCAUCGGCAGGUUGCUGAGUCGCCCGUAUUGAAUCCAGAUCUUGGGCCAGAUGCCCUUUUUGCACAAAUCUGGUACAACUUCUGCCUACUCGCCUUGCUCAGGCCCUUUGCCACUAGCCUGGCCGGUCUUGAUGGGAGUCUGCCUGCUAGUCUCACGGGGGACACAACACCAGAUGUGGUCAGCCAAAGGGCCUCUGCCGCUAUUAUAUCACUCGCCGACGCUUACCAAACCCACUAUCCUUCAGCGUACCUCCCGCCAUUUCUUCCCGGCAUGAUUUUAGUCGCUGCCCGCCACCAAUUGACCUUGGCGGGGCCGACGCUGGACGUGAAUCAGAGCUUGCAGCCCUUGGGUAGGACCACACUCGAAAACGGGUUCCCGGACCCAGCGUAUGACCCGUCAUACACGCCCAUGGCUGGCCCCUCUGGGGAUUAUAUCAAGUCGGAAGGUCCGUCGUCCUCUUCGGGUUCCGGCUUGGUGUCCCCGAGGACCGCCUUGACCAUGCAGACACCCAGACUCGCUCUCCGAGAAUCUCAACCGCGACGUCCUUCAGCUCUUCCAACGUCGCCAACAGCCUUCUCGCACGGCAAGUCAUCCCGGCAGCCCAGCUCCGGCGACCUACCCGCCACUGUCCCUACCAGCGCCACCACCCACGCAAGUACACACGCAGCCACAUCGCCAGAAAGCGAUUGCUCUCCCAGCACCAUGACUCCUCAAGCCCACGACCUUGUCGCGCGAGCUAUGCUGCAGCUCACUUCUAUGAGUGCACAAAGCCCAGCUGCCGCCACAGCGGCCUACUCCCUGCAUGUAGCGUGCACGACCGGGAUGGUCUUAGGGCAACCACAGACAAGCGUGGAAUCGAGUAUAUAUCAGGAAGGCGGAGCCGGCAAUUUGGGGUUCAACAACACGAAGGUCUAG